GGGAAAGAAAAUAUGCCGGUGUUAUAAAAACGUGUUUAGCAUGCUGAAAAAUAACAGAGAGUGCAAAUGAGACGUAGAAUUCUGCCUCUAACCCGCAGCAGCUUUUGCAGAUCUCGAAAAGGAUAAAGACUUGUAUUGUGUGAGAGCCGAGGAGAACCCCAGUGUCUGGAGGAGUGGUUGAAUCCCGCUUGAUGUCAUGCAGCAGGCUCGUUUGCAGCUGCCUACAGCACAGCUUCCCUGGAUUACCAAACACGGAGAAGAUGCAAUACAGAGCGUGAUAGCAGCUGACUUUCAGGUCAACAAAAUAUCCGGAAUGGUUUAAUCCAUAUGCGUAUUUAACCUUUUCAAAGAGGGAUGCAAUUCUAGGUUGAUAUGGUGUUGCUUAGCAAUCACAGCAAAGCAUUAGUGACAAAUUUGCCCAGCGUCUGACCUGCCUUUGAGUGGGAUUGACAAGCUUCGAUUUGCAGUAAUUAGAGAAAAUACCUCAUGAACACGGACAUCCUUCUCAGAACUCAGAGGCUGAUAUUCAGGUAUUGCUAUGUGGAAACCUGUCAGCAAUGACUGAUGUUGAAACCUCGUAUGCAGACUUCAUUGCUUCAGGACGGACAGGCCGGAGAAAUGCACUGCACGACAUCCUGGGUUCUCCAUCAGGUGUAAACACAAGUGAUUUAAGCCUUAAACUGGCAGAACUGAACAUUGACAAAAAAGAAGGGGAUGCUGAAAAAGAAACACAGACAACAAACCAACCUUCUGGAUCUCAGGAGACACAAGAAAAGAGCGAAAGCUAAUCUAUCUGAAGCUUCUAGAACUUGCUGAUUCGGCUCAACACUUGAGUCUCCUAAAGUCAUCAGAGAUCAUACAGAGAGAGCAGUAAGAAACUGGAAAAUGACUACCUUAGAAGAUGGCCAUUCAGCAUAUAGACCAUUUACAUUGUGGACUGAAUAUAACACAAGAUACAAAUUGGAUUCUAUCUUCCUUUUUCUCAAUGGUUGAAGAGUUGUUGAACUGAACUAUUUAAACAAAAUAAAAUGUGAUUUAUGGGUCAGUUACAUCUGCAAUUAGCUUUAGGAGUAUGAUGGAACCGAUUGAGUAUCAAUUCUGGUUAUUACAGUAUGUCAGUUGGUCAAGACAGAGUAUCCUAUCACAUUUAAGAAAAAAAAGAUUUGGUGAUCCACAGAGGAAUACAGGUGGACUAUAAGCCCUAUAGUUGGGAAUUGUAAAGUGGUUUUCAUUUGAUUAUUGGAGGUGACCAGAAGUAAUGCUUUGCUGAUGCCUGAGUGCACUCAAUCCAGUUUAACUGAAUGCAUGUCAACUAGAGAGUGUGUUUGGUCAAAUGUAGUGGAAAGGAUAGAACUUCUGUAAUAUAACUGACCUACUUGGUACUUGCAGUAAUUAUUUGUAAAAGAUUUGCUUUAAGUCAUUGGUGUUGUAAAGAAUUUCCAAUAGAUUAUUAAAUGUCAAAAUUCACCACAUUGGAAAGUGGGUCUCUAGGAACCUUGUAGUUUAUUACAUAUCAAUUGUCACUUUUAUAAGCUAAGCAUUCCCAGAGACAAAUAACCUAAUUAUCUUAUUUGUAAAAUAUUCCUCCAUCUCAAUCAACACCAGUUUGUGGAGAGCAAAAUUGUAUUGGAAGAAUAACUUCUGUCCAUGAUGAUUUUGUCAGAGCCAAUUCAAAUGUUAAAAAUAUGGUGAUAUGAUAAACUAAACAUUGCAUGUGUAUUUAUCAAUAGUUUCACAGGAUUAACUCCUUGCAUUGGCACAGCUCUUUACAUGCUUUCAAUGGAAUGCCUCCCAGUAACACCCUACAAUAUACAGUGUUAUUUUCAUCUUUAAUCUAACAAUACAAAUUGUCAUCCUGUUCACAUCUUUGUUGAUUAAUGCACAAACAUAUUGAACAGAACAUUUUAACUAAGCUGCUUUUUUAUUUCUACUGGUAACCCUACUGCAAAGUUGGAAACCUUUCCAUGCAAAGUAAAUAUGUUGCUCUCCAGCAAACAUAAAAGGAAAAUGUACAUCACAUUUCUAGACUUUUAAAGAUUUUUUUCCAAGAUGCAAGUAAUUAUUAUGUACUUUUAGAGCUUUGUAAACCUUUGAUACACUUUCUGUAUUUCUUUUAUAUCUGUCAACCAUUUGAGAUUAUGAAACAUAGUUUUACUGAAGAAUUGUAAAAGAUUAACCACAUACUGUUUGCAAAUUAAGUGUGUCAGUUAACCUUGAACAAACAUUAUGUUGUGAAAUGUGUGGCUAUAAUGCAAAGUUUUAAUUCUUCUAAUAGCAUUUUAAUCACUGAUCAUUUUCAAUACCCAGUAGAAGUACAAGUUAAUAUCCAUGGAAUAAAUAAAGCUUUGCACUGUUAUCUAAAUAACUAUUAUUAAACUGUUAGGAGGAAACUUCACACUGGACUUCUAUUUAAGAGGUAAUGAAUGAAAAAUUACAAUUUAGUGGUGAAUUAGUUGAAGACCCAGGUCUCUUGAGGUGCAUUGUUUGUCGAUAUGGAAACUUGUAUUUUUGAUUUCUUGCACAUAAUGACUAAACCUGUUGAUAUUAUAGUUCAGUUUUUAUCAGUGAAAUGUCCAAUGUUUGGCUCACUUUUGUAUAUCUUUUUAGUGCCCCUUUAUAUUUUAAAAUGUUCUUUUAAACAAUUAAAAAAAUUGUUAUGUAAUUGUGAUCCAGAAAACAUAUCAAAUAUUUUUAGAAGUCUUUCAGUUGAUGUACAUUUUUAUUCAAUCUUUCUAACAAGAUCAGAAUUAACCAGAUGGAAUGUUGUAAAAUGGACAAUUUACUGAUCAGCCUGUUGUUACACAUCUCUCCUAAUUUUCAUUUACAUUGAAGUCAAUAGAAGUGAAAAUUGAAGGAUGUGUGCAAGGGCCAGCUGAUUUCACAUCAUAGCCAAAGUCAAAAUUGUCCUUGGUGUCUUGCAUUAUUCAAUGAAUUCAAUUCAUGUGAAAUGAGAAAAAGUGGUUGGAGAAAGCAGUUUCCAGCUGCUGGUGAUUGUAUGUUUGGUAUUCUGUAUGUAUUUUCAUGAAAUAAAUUUGCA